AAAGCACCAGAGAGCUUUUAUAAAAGCUAAGCCAAGGCAAGGGCUGAAACCACGACGAACACCAACACACCAUCGUUCAUCAAUUCGUUCGCGAAUCUGUGAAGGACUAGCAAACUCACCCUCGAUUCUUUCGCUGUCUUUGAUUUUAUUUUCAUUUUCCACGUCUUUUUUUUGUACUCGAACAAAUCGGUAGCAGAAAGAUUUCACCGUAAACGCAACUGAUCAGUAGCGGAGAUCUAUCAAGUAUCCAAUUGACCUUGUAAUUUCUACAGUGACAUUAAUGGACCCCUCCAUCAUGAAGCUCCUUGAAGAGGACGAGGACGAAACUAUGCAUUCUGGGGCGGAUGUGGAGGCGUUCACAGCUGCUCUGAACAGGGACAUAGAGGGCGAUACGUCCAAUUCUCAACCCUCUGAUUCAGAUAGUGCAGCUUUAUCUCAAGGAAGCAAUCAAACUUCCAGUCAGUUGUUUCAGCAAUGGCAAACUUCCAGCCAAGAUGAAAAUGCUAAUUGUCAAGGUCAACAAUAUCUGAAGGGUUCACAGCAACAGGAGCAACGAUCAUCUGAAAUGUUGCCGAAGCAACAUGCAUCUGGUUAUGAGAACCAGCAACCACAAAUUGACACAUCGCAAGAACGGAAUUGCUUCCCACUGCAAGAGAAACAAUCACAAAAAGAUUGUCAACAAUGGCAAGCUGAAGCAGAACAAAAUACCCUACAAUCACAUUCUUCUCAAACAAUGGACAUGCAGAAUUCUGAGAAGAAUCCCAUCCAUGUUAGGGAGCCAGACAGAACACAAUAUCCAAACAGCGAAUCUCAAUACUCAAAGUUACAGAAGAUGAGUAAUCAACAUCCAAUGGCACCCGAGCAGGCAAUUAAUCCGAUGAAUCAUGGCAAACAAGUGCCAUUUGCACUUUUGCUCCCGGUCAUACAACCCCAACUUGAUAAGGACCGAGCCAUGCAACUUCAGACUCUUUAUAUUAAACUGAAGAAAAAUGAGAUCUCUAAAGAUGUAUUUGUGCGCCACAUGAGAAGUCUUGUUGGAGACCAGAUGCUCAAGAUGGCGGUAUUCAAAUUGCAAACACAGGCUGCCCGAAACUCUCAGGCCGGGCCCAACCAAUUUCCUUCACAGUCUCAGGCUUCAGUGCAACAACACCAUAUGAAAAUGCAAACUAUUAAUGGAAAACAGUUCACAAAACCUCAAUCACUUGCACAACUUCAUCAGAAGGGUUUUCCUGAAGAUCCAUCCCAUAUUCCCUCUACAGCAGCGCAACUGAAAUCUGUUUCAAACAAUGCAUCAAUGGGUAAUGCUCAAAAAUCCCAAGAGGUGGAACACCAAUCAGUGUCACAUGGAAUGCAAGUAAGUCAAACGUCUUCUUCCAGGUUGAGUACCCUAAAUCAAGAAAAGGAGCGCUGCACGAUCCCAAUCCAAGGUCUUAGCAAGCAGCAGCAACAGCAACAGCAACUGCACUUCCCACAGUCCUCUUUUCCCACGUAUGGAAAUUCUGGUGGUAAUUAUCCGCCAUUUUCCGGAACAAAUGUAAAUACAUCUUCAACAUCUCUUAAUCAGCAACCUCAUGAUUUACAAAUGAGGCAAGAUCCAGUCAAUCAAAGCAUGGGUGCUUCUCAGUCCAUGAAUGUGACUAGCUUGCCUAAAUUUGAGAGACAGGAUUCUUUCAGUGAACAGACGAGAGUGCAGGGUGGAACUCUUUCGCACUUGACAAAUAAUUCAGCGUUGCAACAGAAUUCAGCUCAUUGGCAAUCAUCACCCAGUAAAGUGCAGAAAACUGGUGCUCCAUCAUCAAUGACUUAUGUAAAACAGGAACCACUUGACCAGUUGAAUGAGCAACAAAACAAAUCCCAGUUGUCUACCCCACACCCACAGGGGUUGUCCGCUUUCUCUUCUGCACACACUGAACAAGGAAAUGCCAUUCCAGGAACUUCAAUGGGUGAAACUUUUGAGAUGCAGUCCAAUAGGAUGGGGUUCUCAACAUCUACAAGUACAGCACCCUCGAAUUCAGUGUCAUCUUCCAUGACACCCCAGCUGGAUCCUAAUUUCUUGUUAAGCUCUAGGAUAGUAUCUUCAACCUCUCCCAUUGGGCCUGGAAGUAAUGGGAAAGCACCCACAAGAAAGCCUUAUUUUGGCCAGAAGAAACCACUUGAAGCACUUGGUUCUUCGCCACCUCUGUCAAGCAAGAAGCAGAAAGUAUCUGGACCAUUGUCGGAUCAAAGCAUUGAACAACUCAAUGACGUCACUGCUGUCAGUGGAGUUAAUCUCAGGGAAGAGGAAGAACAACUUUUUUCUGGUUCCAAGGAGGACAGUCGAGUUUCAGAAGCGUCUAGAAGAGCUGUGCAAGAAGAAGAAGAUAGGCUGAUUUUGCAGAAGCUGCCCCUUCAGAAAAAAUUGGCAGAAAUCAUGGCGAGAUGCGAUGUAAAGAGUAUAAGCAAUGACGUGGAGCGAUGCUUGUCACUGUGCGUGGAGGAAAGACUGCAUGGGCUGAUAAGUAAUUUGAUUAGGCUGUCAAAACAGCGGGUUGAUAUUGAGAAGGCAAGGCACCGGAUUCUUAUCACCUCCGAUGUUCGGCAACAAAUUAUUAGCAUGAACCAGAAAGCUAGAGAAGAAUGGGAGAAAAAACAGGCGGAAGCUGAAAAACUCCAGAAACUUGAUGAACCUGAAGGUAAUCCUGGAGUUGAUGGCGAUAAGGAGAAAGACGAAGGUCGUGUGAAAUCACUUAAGGCAAACAAAGAGGAUGACGAAAAAAUGCGAACAACAGCAGCAAAUGUUGCUGCCCGAGCUGCUGUAGGCGGAGAUGACAUGCUAUCAAAGUGGCAACUAAUGGCUGAGCAGGCCAGGCAAAAACGUGAAGGAGUUGAUGUACCAUCUGGUUCUCAACCGGGUAAAGAUGUGAGCCACAAUCCUUCGUCAGCCUUUGGAAGAAAUGCAAAUCAAGAGGCAGAAAAAAGGGGCCAGUCAGCUGCCUUUGCCACAUCUGGUUCGAGUAGAAAAUUUGGAAGGAAUCAAGUUUCAGUGCCUCAACCAGUGGUGGUCCGCAAGAUCUCCAUUAAGGAUGUGAUUGCUGUCCUUGAAAGGGAGCCUCAGAUGUCAAAGUCUACACUGAUAUAUCAGUUGCAUGAAAAAAUGCGUGCAGAUGCUGUAGCUGAAUAAGCUCAAGUGUGUUGCAACGCUCCCAAGCAAGUCGUGCUGUUCUUUCAUCACUGAUGGCGCCAUUACUUGAAAUUAUUCCGUCCUUAUUCACUUGUUGUAACUUGUCUGCAGUUAGUUUUAUAAAAAGUAUCAGUGGGAAGAUGUUUAAGCUUGUAAAUUGUAUAUUUUUUUUUCCUUGGUAAGUUCAGAUUGGUUCUCCAAUCCAUAUGCGUCGUUAUCUUUGGUGGUUUAUAUUUCAUUAGUUUUUGGUAGUUCUGUUUUUUUUAAAUUUAAGUGUACCAAUUUAUCUCCAAUAAAUUUUUUUUGUUGCAGUUCUUAAUAUGUUUUUUCAGAAGUUGAGUUAGAAAGUUGUAAAAAAAUCUUAAUAAUUGUUAAGUUGAUUUUCUUAGUGAGUAAUUGGACUGCUGACCUUGCAAGUCA